GACGUACCGAGGGUCCACAGGGAAUCACUUUAAUCUGAGGAAAAUCAUUUCUGACCGCCUCCGGAUUCUCUUUCAUACUGAAGAAUGUCAGCCUGGAUAUUAUUGCUCAGUGUGGGUGCUCAUUUUGGACUGUCCUGGGGUCAGCGCACUGAACCCAUGUUUGCCUCAGUAACUCAAAGUAUUUUCCCACCGGACUACGAGAACAAUCCCACGCAACUUAACUACGGUGUGGCCGUCACCGACGUGGAUGGAGAUGGAGAUCUGGAGAUGUUUGUAUCAGGUUACAAUGGCCCAAACCUGGUGCUGAAAUACGACAAGGUUAAGAAGAGGCUUGUUAACAUUGCAGUUGACAACCGGAGUUCACCGUACUACGCACUCAGGGAUCGACAGGGCAACGCUAUCGGGGUGACAGCCUGUGACAUAGACGGCGAUGGAAGAGAGGAAAUUUACGUCCUCAACACCAAUAAUGCCUUCUCAGGGAGAGCGACGUACACAGAUAAGCUCUUCAAGUUUCGUAACGGCCGGUAUGAGGAUCUCCUGAACGAUGAGAUAAAUGAACACAGAGAUGUCGCUAAUCGUGUAGCCGGCCGCUCAGUGGCAUGUGUGGACAGAAAGGGAACAGGACGUUAUUCCAUCUACAUCGCUAAUUACGCCAGUGGGACCGUUGGCCCGCAUGCUAUGAUCGAAAUGGAUGAAAAUUCCAGUGACCCAUCAAGAGGAAUCAUUGCGCUGUCAAACGUUGCCGAACAAGCCGGAGUCAACAAGUUGACAGGUGGACGGGGGGUCGUGGUGGGUCCCAUCGUCAGUCAGUACCUGCCUGAUAUAUUCUGCGACAACGAGUACGGGCCCAACUUUCUUUUCCGCAACAAUGGAGACGGUACGUUUACGGACGUGGCGGCACAGGCGGGAGUCGACGACCCAAUGCAGCAUGGCCGCGGGGUGGCGUUAGGAGAUUUCAACCGGGAUGGAAGGACAGAUAUUGUCUAUGGAAACUGGAACGGGCCGCAUCGCCUGUUCCUACAGCUCAGCAAUCAUCGCAAGCAAAGGUUCAAGGACAUCGCCUCGCAGAAGUUUUCAAUGCCAUCUCCUGUUCGCACAGUCAUCGCAGCAGACUUUGACAAUGACAAUGAACUGGAGGUCUUUUUCAACAACAUCGCUUACAGAGGACCAUCGGCUAACAGACUGUUCAGAGUUUCUCGAAGAGAACACGGAGAUCCACAGAUCGAGGAGCUGAACAUCGGGGAGGCCGCAGAACCGGAGGGAAGGGGAACCGGAGCAGCUGUGACUGAUUUUGACGGAGAUGGACAGCUGGAUUUGCUGGUGACACAUGGAGAAAGUGCAGCUCAGCCCAUCUCUGUCUACAAAGUCACGCAGGGCUCAUCUAAUAAGUGGCUUCGUGUUAUUCCACGCACACAGUUUGGGGCUUUUGCUCGUGGUGCCAAAGUAAUCGUGUACACCAAAAGAAACGGCCCACAUACACGAAUCAUAGACGGAGGAUCCGGGUACUUGUGUGAAAUGGAGCCGGUGGCUCACUUUGGACUAGGGAAAGACGUGGCCACCAAUGUGGAGGUGUUCUGGCCAGAUGGACGCUCUGUGGCAAGGCCGCUGGAACCCAGCGACAUGAACCAAGUUAUGGAGAUCCAAUACCCUGAAAAAGAAGAGGAAGUGACCCCAGCUGUCGAGAUUGAGUGUGGACCAGGAUUUGAGGUCAAUGAAAAUGGACGUUGCACAGAUCGAGACGAAUGCACGCAGUUUCCGUCCGUGUGUCCCCACGAGCGGCCCGUCUGCACAAACACCUACGGGAGCUUCAAGUGCCGUGCGAACAAAAGGUGCAACCAGGGAUACGAGCCGAAUGAUGAGGGUACAGCGUGUGUAGCUCAGGUGGCUUAUUUUGGAGAAAACAGAUCUUCAUCCUUCAAACUUUGGUCUUCUUGUCCUCUUGUACUAUCUGUACUCAUCUUCACUGCAUGCUUGUGGGCAUGAAGGUCCGAGUCUCUCUGCUCCUGACAUCCGUCACCCUGCUUGUUCUCUUUUUCUCUGAGAUCCUAUCACACCGAGAGUAUUUGGAGACGGUUGUAAAACAAACUCUCUACGGACAAUUCACUUUCCUGUUGUUUCUGCAAUAUCUCAUUUGAAUCAUGAUCAAUAACAGACUUGUAGAAAUAAUGCUUAGCUUUCCAGUUGGGAGCCUCAAAAGAUCCCUGUUUGUUGGAAAAAAAACAAGACUUCUCGUUCCAGCUGUAAUGAGAAAAGGCUCUGAUCAAAAACAGUCCUGUUUUUCAUCAUAUUCGUCAAGCGUGAUUCGGGAUAAGAUUGUAAUUGGUAUGAUCUUCAUAAAAGGCCUUCUCUCAGCGUGUCACGGGCAUGUAAACAAACGGUCACGGGUUCAAUCCAGUUCUAGUGCAUUCAAACUCAUAUCGCAUCUCGCCAGGAAGCGGCGUGUUUGCAGGUUUUUCAGGAGAGCAUUAUGUCCCGGCCAUCUGUUUCACGCAAGGUUACAUUUCUUAAGCGCUGAAUGAUACGUUCGUACGGUAUAAUUUUGACCCUCAGUUGUGACUGGCUGCUGGCAGGAUCAGUGCAUGUUUUUGGCAUGAAUGAUUGACAGGUUAAGCCAGUAAAGUAAAAGUUUUCCUCUUUAUCAUGUUAAAAAAGUAUAGUGGCUAACCUCAUAACAUUUCUCAGAAACAUAUUCAUGUUUCAUGCAAUUAUAAAAAAUGUUUUUUGAGACCAUUUGGAGGUUUUUGCAAUGUAAGAUUUUCAUGACAAUUGGCACAUUCUUAUUACCAUAAUGCAAAAAAUAAUAUAUUAUAUGUUGACAUUAAUAAUGAAAGAUUCAUUAUGGUCACAUUUGUUACACUGCCUUAUAAGCUGAUUAUAAUGAGAAAAAAAACAUAGUUUUAUAUUAUUUCUCAUUUUACAUUAAAAGGUUACAGUAAUAAAAACCUAAUGAGAAGGAUCAUUGAAAAUUAUGGAAACCAACUGUGUUUUUCAUUUGUUUGUUUUUUUAUAGCAAAAAUAAGAACGUGACAUCUUAAAGCGUAACUAAACCCCUGUUCAGACCCUCACUCCACCCACUGGCAAUAUUUGAAAAAUGCAAGAAAAGUGGGCGGACCCCAACGGAGAUAUAGGGGACGAACUGAGCUCGUACCAAGUGUGUGGUGAGAUCGUAACAAGGGUGUGGUGAGCUUCAAUUUGCUUGCGUAGGGUCGUACCACAUACGUCACGCGGUACCGCAACAUUCAAUAGGAAAAUUAAACUGCAGUAGCCACCGUUCAACCUGAAGAGGGCAGCACUUAGAGGUUUUUACACAAUAUAUUGUAGCAUUGAAACACUUUAUACCCAAAUGUCAAAAAAAUUACUAAAAUCAAUAAACAACACAAAUAAAGACCUAUUCUUACAGAUUAUUAACUAUAAAAAAGUUGGUUUAGGGUUUAGUUACUCUUUAAGAUCUUAAGAGCUUAACAACUUGGCAUGAUUUACACUACAAUAGAAAUGCUGUAUGUUUUACACCAUGGCAAAAUAUAAAAAAGCAGUCCAAAAUCACUGUGGACGGGUGCAUAAACAUAUAGCUAUAAAGUUAAGACUGUGUCUUAACUCUUUCCCCACCAUUGAUGAGUUAUCUCUUCAAUUAUGCUAUUAUCCACUAGGUGGUGCUCUUACACAACUUAUAAAACAGUAAAGCAUCCACUGAUCCAAAAACAGUUAAACUCUGUGUAUGUUUUUAUAAUCGCUCUAAAUCUGAUCUUUAACAAAAGUCCUUCACAUAAAUUGAAUUGUCUCAGCUUUUUGCUUGAAAUUUGGUAUUUUUAAAGAAGCCUACCCAUAUAUGAGAGGUGAUAAAAGAGAACAAAUAAAAAUAGGAUGAACAUUUUGUUGUUUAAAAAUAGAGGGUCUGUUCUUUCAUUUGAAAUAUUAUAUGUGUAUAGAUUUAAAGAAAAUAUUCUGGAAGGCACUCACCUUGUAGGAAUACACAUGAAUUAUUAUAUAUUCAUAAUUUAUAUCCCAUUAUAAAUCUUCAAACAUUUUGACAGACUAUAUAUCACUGGAAAGCUCUAAGAAACAUUUUUCAUUAAAAAUGAUGCAGUGACAGUAAUUUAUUAAUUUGUGACAGGAGUAUGCAGCAAACCGUUGACACAUUAGUUGGUAAAACCACUAAAAGAGUACAAAAACCUUAUUGUUUGUGAUUUUAGGAUAAGUAAUUUAGAUUUAUGGCCAUUUUGGGAGUAAAACAUUUUCAAUUUUAUGGGUUUUUAAUAUAAAAUCAAUACUGUAUUGCAUAAUUUUUAUUUAAUAAAAAUAUUUAAAUUGACUUUUGCUUCUAGACCAAAUAAUGGUGACAGUUAAAGGGUUUUAAGACUAGUCUUUGAAGUUUAUGCAACCGGCCACCAGGUGUUAAAAUUACACGGCUGUACACCCACAGAUGUAACUAACACUAUAUCUACACUUUAUAGUGUUACAUGUUGAAUGAUCCUGGCAGUUAAUAAAUCAAUUAAAGGCGGGGUGGAUGAUUUUUGAGAAACGCGUUGGAAAAGGGAGUCGGGCCGAGUACCAAAACCCACUUGUAGCCAAUCAGCAGUAAGGGGCGUGUCUACUAACCAACAUCGUUGCCUGGGUUGCGUAUGUGUGGGGCGGGUCUAUCAAAAGAAGGUGCAGAUUCUAUUACGGUAGAGGCGUGUUUGUUUAGGUGAUUUCAAAUAUCAACAUAGGCUUUCAGAGAUCAUGCACCCCGCCUUUAAGUUCAUUUUACAAGUAAUGAUUGAUCCCAAAAACUUUCAUUCUGGCUCAUGCUUUUUGUGAAUAGCCAAAUAUACAAGAAAAAUGGCUUUGUCUUUCCACCUUACAUACUGAACAUGUUGAUAUUUAUUUUUGUUAAUUAAAAUACAAUUGCAAUUUUGUCAUAUUACACCCUGUAUUGAGCAUAAUACUGAUCACUAUGCAGAAUAUUGGCCAAAGGUUAUUAAGCCUUUAUUAAUUAAUGAGUGAUUCAGUAAAUGAUAAUGUAUAUUAAAAAUGCACCUGCUUUUAUCCACAGAUCAACCUUAUUGAAAGAGUAUGGCCUGUGAUGAAAGUGUUAGAUCUUUCAUGAUGUGUGCAUUCUCUGUAUUUUAUUAAACUAUUUUAUAAAUAAGAUAAACCAUACUGUGGUUUAGCCAAAAUGUGGCGACUGCUUCAGGAAAAUUUAUCAUUUCAAUAAUACCUGUAGUUGCAUCCAGACCAGAUGUAAGGAAAGGCUAAGUUCAGAAUAUCAAUAAAUGGGUGAUUAUAUAAUUGCUGGUACAUUUGGUGUCCAUAUUUUUUUUUUUUUUUUAAGCAAUAAAGGUUAGAUAGUCUGGUUUGGCUGGUCUGAUUUACUGGUUUUACAUGGGUUUGGGAACCAGCAUGCAAAACACAAUAUAUACUUGUGAAAACAAUACUAGUAUUUGCAACAGGUAUAGUGAUGUCAGUAUUUAAGAUCCUUGAAUGAUCCUUCAAAUUAUAUGAGCUGCUUAAUGUCAUUGUUUAAUUUGACAUUUUAGUAUGUCCAUAUUCAUUGUAAAUGAGAUCCAUCUGUAAAAUAAAGUCAAGAAGUUUUUCUCUUUUGGUUUUCAUUUUUUCUAUUACUAUUUUCACAUAAAGGAUAAAAAUGCACAUUCAUAAGCGGAGGGGUUUAAAUGUUAAAUCAGUGCUAAGUAACCCUUCAAACCAAACACAUGAAAACAUCAGGUAACUGACAUGUUAGGUCAUUUGGAAAGAAGUGUGUCUAUAUCUCAGACAGCUUACCUGAGGCUGUGAGAUCUUUGUCUCUGCUUGUGAUUCGGGAGACAUAUUUCAGAUAGUUGGACAAGUCCAAAAGAUAAAGAGAGAGAUAGAGAGGAAGAAAUGUGAAGAGAAAAUACAAACUUAAGUCAGAUGAAAUCUUGGAGAGGAAAGCAAAUAGUCUCAGAGAUGUAAGGUCACUGAGUGUUUGUUGUCUUUGAAUGCAACAUUAGAUUCCUAAGGCUGGGUCGAAGUUGAAACCGAGCGCUGUGCUAGGAUUGGCUAGUGAGA